CAGUCUGGCAUCGGCACCGCCCUCGCCAAAAAUCUCGUCUCCAAGAACUGGCUCGUAGCCCUCCUAGAUGUUAACGCCGAAGCAGGCCAGGAACUAGUUCGCACCCUCGGCCCCAACACUAUCUUCCUCCAAACCGACGUCUCCUCGUACACGUCCCAAUCUACAUCAUUCCUGACCGUCUUCCGCAAAUGGCACCGCAUCGAUGCCCUCCUCGCCAAUGCCGGCGUCGGCGACCGCUCAUCCGUGUACAUUUUGCCAUUUCGCUCCAAUGCAGUCGAUGAUAUCCCGCCCGCGCCCGAUACGAGCUGUACCGACAUCGACUACAAGGGUGUUUUGUACGGGGUCCAGUUGGCUGUGCAUUUUAUGCGGCAUAACCCCAGCUCUGCGACAGACAAGAUAGAAGGGGAUGAGGGACACGCAUGGAUUCGGGGCAAAGUCGUCGUCACCUGCAGCGUGGUGGCUGUGAGCCCCCACUUCACGUACCCCGAGUACAACGGCGCCAAAGCGGGAGUACUCAACUUCGUACGGGGCGUGGCGCCGGUGUUGAAGCUGAAAGAAGGGAUACUAAUAAAUGCCGUGUGCCCGGGUGUGGUGGCCACGGCUAUCGUCCCGCCAGAGAUGAUCGCGGCCGUUUCUCCGGAGUUUGUUACUCCUGUUUCCACGGUGGUGAGGGCUUACGAUGAGUUUCUGGACGAGAAAGAUGAGAGAAGCGGGGUGGCGGUCGAGGCGACGGUGGACAAGGUAUUGCAGUUGGAGGAGCCGAAGUUGCGCAAUGGGAGGGCGAGUGAACGGAGUGUGCAAGUUUGGGAGCCGCUGUUUAGGAUGUUGCAUGGAGAGGACAGUGGGAUUCUUGGAGCGAUUCCGUGA